AUGCUCUGCUCAUUAUCGGGAGAAGAGGCUCAGGAGCCCGUGGUGUCGCCGAGAAGUGGGUGCAUUUUUGAAAAAAGACUAAUCGCCUCAUAUAUCUCCACCACGGGAAAAGAUCCCAUCACCGAGGACGCCCUAGCGGUUGAGGAGCUCAUUGAAGUUAAGAAUAAGGAACCCGUGAUAGUUCCACCAAAACCACCUGCGUUCAAUUCGAUUCCCACCAUGUUGGCCGCGUUCCAAAACGAAUGGGACGCUUUGGCGCUUGAAUCCUUCACCUUGAGAAAACAGCUCCAUGAUACCAAGCAGCAGCUCAGUGCUGCAUUGUACCAGUACGAUGCUGCUGUGAGGGUGGCAGCGAGGGCAUUGAAGGAAAGAGACGAGGCUCGAAAUGCGCUUGUAGAGCUUUCGAAGCUGUUUGGGCAGGGCUCAAUGGAUGUGGAUACUGAGGUCAAGGAGGUGGAAAAUGGGAAGUCAGAUGGCGUUGCUGGGGAAAACGGAGAACAAGAGAAGGAGAUUCAGAAUGAAAGUGGUAAGUUGCCACCUUCGGUAGCCCAAGAGAUUGAGUCGGCUCAGCAGCACUUGUUCAAGUUACACAAGAGCCAGAAGCUCACGGUUCCAUUUUCUGAAAAGGUAUCGUUCAAAAGUGAGAUCGAACCACAUAAGAUGAAGAAUCCAAAAAACUCAAUUGCCUUGAGCAGUACAGGGGAAAUAGCUAUUUUUGACGAGGCCAAAGUGUUGCAACUUCCUUCGAAACUGACGGUCAAGACGUCGAACGCUACAGGCAUCGCAUACUCUGGCGAUGGAGAGAAGAUUGUGGUUGCGCAAAAGACAAAGAUUCAGUUUUACUCCGUGGAUGGGAAAAACGAUGGUUCCUUCCGUCACAGUCACAAGUACAUUAGCAACGUCAUAGCUCACCCCACGGCACAUAUCAUUAUAUGCGUGACGGAAGAUCGGUGGAUUAUCAUUGACGGCGAGAAGGAAGUGUUUGAUUCCGGAGAUGUGGGAUUCAAAAUAGCUGCUCUGGCUUUACAUGUGGACGGAAGACUACUAGCGCUUGCGUCUGACGAAGGAGAGGUGGUGAUUGUCGAUACGAUCUCCAACGACAAAGUUGCCAGCAUUCGAACCAAGUACACUUCGUUCGUAAAGCUCCAAUUUGCCCUCAACGGGUACUGGCUUUUGGCCGGGACUUACAACGAAGACAAGGGGGCAACGCAGGUGUUCGACCUACGCAAAAACUCUCUUUUGCACGAAAUCGAACACGAGGGAAAGGCGCUUUUCAGUCUAGACAAGGCUUCCCUGGUCCUUGCAACUUACAUUGAGGCGACAAACGAGUUGUCCUUCAGUUUCUACAUCAAGAAGGAGAAAAAAUGGGUAGAGGGAUUAUGCAAAAGCAAUCCUGACAAGCCAAUUCUACAGUUAGUAAACGUUUUCCACGAGGACGAAGGUCAAGACUAUCUUCCAAAGUUUGUUGCCUUGACAAAAGAACAUGUGCAAUACCUCACUUUAGAUAGAGAGGACUAA